AUAUAAGUAUGCAUAAUUUGUAAUGCCAAAGUAGCAUUCAGAGAUACUCUGUUUGUUGCAUAAUGGCAAUUCAGUUUACUUCAAAGCUCAACUUCAUUUUAUGCUUAUCAUCCACUCUUAUGCUACUUUCCUUUUCUCAUUCUCAAGCUGAAUCUCAGUCUCUUAAAUACUGUGAAAAGAAUGCAGACUAUGCAGUUCAGGUCAGCAAUGUAGAAAUAUUACCUAACCCUGUGGUGAGAGGAGAGCCAUUCACCUUCAAAAUCGCAGCUUAUACCGAUGAACCAAUUCACAGUGGUGAUUUGAUAUAUGAAAUUUCAUAUGCUGGGAUAGAACAAUCUGCUGUAUUUCACCAUAGUCUAAGCGAGGAAACACCCCUUCCCGUCCGUCCAGGCCAAUUUUUGCUUACUCACACCGAAUUAUUGCCUCCCGUCACGCCACCGGGAACCUAUAAUGUGAAGCUGACCUUCAACAAUCAGAACGGCGAGCAGUUAACUUGCAUCGUAUUUCCCUUCACUAUCGGUGCUAAAUCUUCAGUAUCUGCUAUUUAACUGUCUAGGACUAAUCUGAACUUAGAUGUUACUUCAGAUUUGUGUAUGGUUUAGUUUUGAACCCAUAUGUGAACUAGUGAAGUGUCAUGCUACGCGCUAUGACUGAAUUGUUGUUUUACUUAUAAUAAUAAAUAAGUUGCCCGAGAUGAUUUUAACUUUCGCA